AUGGAAUACAUCAAGAUUGCACAGGUUCCUGAUGCUGUGCUUCACAAGAAAGGUAACACCGUUAAAGGUGUGUUGCAUUUAACCACUCAUCACCUAAUCUUCACUUUGCCACAAGUUGAAACAGCACCAAGAGGUUCGCAGGAGCUAUGGUUGUGCUAUCCUAUGAUUGAACGAGUCACUUUCACCAAAGGGUCUGCCUUAUUAUAUGCGCCAGACAAAGAUGAAAGUUUUCAAUUGACCAAAGGUGCAAAUCUGCGAAUCAUAUGUAGAGAUUAUACUUUUUUGGCAUUUGAUUUUAAGGAUGUCAAACAAUGCAACGAUGUCUUUGAGAGCUUGUUGAAACUUACAUGUGUCAAUUCCUUGGAGAACUUAUAUGCAUUCUUAUACAGUCCAGUUAAAAUUGAGGCACCCUUAAAUGGAUGGAAAAUAUACGAACCUGUCAGGGAAUUUGCACGUCAGGGUUUGAAGCUUAAUUCUCCGAAUAGCUCUAGUGAGCAUCCCGGUGACAAGAUGUGGAGAAUGUCUAAUAUCAACGAGUCAUACAGAGUUUGCACUUCAUAUCCAAGUGUAAUUGUGACGCCAGCAAGCAUAUCUAAUAGCGUUUUACAUCAUGCCUCAAAGUUCAGAUCGAAAGGAAGAAUGCCUGCCUUAACAUACUAUCACAAAUAUAACGGCUGUUCAAUAAUACGUUGCUCCCAACCUUUGGUGGGACUGAAGCAGAAUAGGUCGAUGCAAGAUGAGAAACUUUUGUUGGAGGUCACGAAGACAAAUGACGCCUCGUCUGUAUUAAUUGUGGACGCCAGGCCUGUAGCUAAUGCAAUCGCACAAACUGCCCUAGGAGCAGGUUCAGAAAUUGUAGAAUAUUACCCCAAUGCUAAAAAGGUGUUUUUGAACAUUGACAACAUACAUGUUAUCAGGGAUAGUCUAAAUAAGGUGACGGAAGCUUUAAAAAACACCGACAUUUCCAUGGAACCACCCAAUCAAGAUUUGUUGAUAAAAAGCGGUUGGCUUAAGUUGAUUUACACAGUACUGACCGGGCUAGACAUGAUUGUUAAGUCUCUACAUUUAAAUAAACAACACUUAUUGUUGCAUUGUUCUGAUGGUUGGGAUAGAACAUCACAAUUAGCAGCGCUAGCUCAAUUGCUGCUGGAUCCCUAUUAUCGUACACUAGAAGGAAUCAUGGUUUUGAUAGAAAAGGACUGGCUUUCUUUUGGUCAUCGAUUCAACGAGAGAUCUGGUCAUUUGCAAAGUGAAACAAAAUUUGUUGAUAAUUCGGAGUAUAGCAGCACCAACCAGGCCCAACAUGCCAUUAAGCAAGUAACGACUCACUUUAGACAUCGCAAACACGUCAAAUAUACUUCACCAAUUUUCCAUCAGUUCUUGGACUGUAUCUAUCAAUUACUGAAGCAAAACCCAACAAUAUUUGAGUUCAACGAGCGAUUUCUACGAAGGUUACUCUACCACCUCUACUCAUGUCAAUAUGGAACAUUUUUGUAUGACUCAGAACUUGAACGAAGACAGGCAAAAACUAUAAAAGGUUGGAUGAAGUUGUAUAUCCCGAUCUUUCGAAGAUUUCGUUUUGGUACGAACUGUUUGGACGGACUGACGAGGAACUCAAUGGUUUCCUGA